UAAUUAUAUAGCAAAAAAAAAUAAAUAAUAUUAUGUAUGUAUAAAUCUGUCCACCAAAUGUCACAGUUGAUUAAAAAAUAAUUUCAAGAUGGCGCCAGGAUGAUGGACAACAAAUUGCGCCUCUAUCGGCAACAAUUGUAGAAAUUCAAAACAAGCCAUCCAUUUUGAUACAAAUAAUAAUAAUAAUAAUACACACCAACACAGACAUAAUUAAUAAAUAAUUUUACAUCUAAAAAAUAAAUAAAUAUUAAUAAACAAAUAAAUAAACAACACUAAUAAUAUUAUUAAUAAUUUAAAAAAAUUUAGCGCGCGAGUUUUAAAAGUGUGCAUUAAAUUUUCUCUCUCCGCGCUUAGAAAUACUUGUGUGUAUGUGUGUGUUGAAAAAAAAAAAAAAAAAAAAAAGAGAAAAACUUAAUCUCCCCCUUCUCCUGAUGAAACGGUUGAUUGUGAGAGCCAGAGAAGUGCACGGGACGCGAGAGACGUGUUAUAGACUCCGAAAGUAAACGGGGGAAAGAUACAACGGGCGCUUGGCCAUUCUCCUCUCCCCUCGAACAUAAAUAAUUGUUGUUUUUAGAAAAUAAAUAAAUUUUUAAAUUUAUAAUAAUAUAUAUAUAUUAAUUAAUUGUGUUUAAUAUUAUUUAAAAAUAUUAUAUAUCAUUAUAUGUGAAUGGAUGCCAGGCGGUGAUAGACGCCAUUUUGAUAUACUGUGUGUGUUGGACGUCAAGUAACGCCGUAGUGAAAUUAAAAUUUUAUGUGAAUUAUAUAUUAUAUUAUAAUAUAUUAAUAUGUUUAUUUAUUUAUUUAUUUUAUAAAUGUCAUUAUUUGUUAUUAUUAACGUCAAAGACCGGUCGUUAUUGGUGCUACAGUUGAUGUUGCGAGUGUUACUCUCGCGUGGGUCUCUCAUCUAGACCAGCAUUUACCACAAAAUAUCAUAAAUAUAUAUUUAUUUUUUUUUUUUCAUUAAAAUAUCAUAUAUGUUUUCUUGAUUUUAUUAUAUGUAUUAUUUUUUUUUUCAACAACAACAAACAACAUUACUUUGCUCCAACAUACAAUUUAACAAUUUAAUUUCCAAGUGAUUUUUUUUUUUUUUCUUUUUGUUAUUGUUGUUAUUAUUAUUAUUAUUUAAUUAAAGCUAGAAGCAUAAAAUAUAUGUGGAUAUUGUUUAUGGGUAAAUCAAUUGAAUGAAAUAUAUUUUUAUGGUGAAGAUUGAAGAUACAUAAACAUCUGACAGAUGAGAUUGUUUGAUUUAUUUAUGACAAGUGUUGAGUGUCAGUAAAUGUGCAAGUGUGAUAUAAAUUCAUGUUUGCGUUUUGUUGGAUUAUUUGGUUUAUUAGAGCCUAAAGUGCUCAAAUAUAAUUGCCAUAUUUUUGGCAUAAUAUUAACAUGGCCAAAAUCCUUAACAAGGACCCAAUUACCUACGAAAGGGAGCGUGACAGCUUCCUCAAAGAAUUACAUCAUUUCCACGAAACAAGAGGAACAUCCUUUAAAAAGGCACCAAAAAUAAGUGGACAAAACAUUGAUCUUUAUUUGCUUUAUGUUCUUGUUACUGCUCAUGGAGGAUGGAUCAAGGUAAAUACAAGAAAUGAAUGGUCAUUACUUUGUGAACAAUUUCAUCUUCCAGUUGGUUGUGUCAAUAGUGGUGUUGGUCUCAAGCAAAUUUAUUUGAGGUAUUUGGAUAGAUAUGAAAAAGUACAUUUUCUUGGUGAAGAUGGACAACAAGCUGAUGAUGAUGAUGAAGAUUCACGUCAUCGUAAAUGGUCAGCAAGAUCAUUGCAUUCAGUACCAUUAACAUAUAAUCAUCAUCAACAUAAUGUUGCUGAAACAUUACGUGAUUAUAAUGGUUUAUCAACAAAUUUAUAUAAACCAACAAAUUAUGAUAAAUUAGCACUGUCAUUAUUAUCACCACUUCCAAAUGAACAAGAUUUUGCAAUAAAUGUAUGUACAUUAUUAUCAAAUGAGGGUAAACAUACAUUAAGAUUUGAUAAAUAUCCAAGACUUGUUAAUAUGUUACUUGCACAUGCUGGUGUAUUUGAUGCACCAGGUACACGUCAACUAUUUAUUGAAGUUUAUUCAAAAGUUAGAAAUUAUUCAAUAAAUUCAUUUUGGUCAGAUGUUAUUGAUUCACAUGACAUAUUAGAUUUAACAAAUGAACGAAUAUUUAUGAAAAAACCAACUAAAAAUUUAAAUACAUUUUCAAGAAGAAAAAUAUUGGAUAAAGAAAAAGAUAAAUUGAAAAAAAAUAGUAAUAGAAAAUCUAAAUUAAGUAGUAAUAAUAACAAUAAUAAUAAUAAUAGUAAUGUUAAUAAUAAUAAUAAUAGUAAUAGUGAAAAUAUACAAAUGGAAAUUGAUAAUGAUAAUAAUACACCUGUUGAUGAUGUUGUUGUUAUUGGAGAGGAAGAAGAAGAAGUAGUAGAAGAACAAAAUAAUAAUAGAAUAAAUAAAAUAAAUUUGGAUGAUCAAAAUCAAAAUUCAAUAAAAGUUGAAGAUGAUGAUAUGGAUUUAUUUUGUAUGGGUAGAACACUUGGUACACAAGAUCCAUAUGGACAACGAGUAUUACAAAUAGCAUCAAUAUUAAGAAAUUUAAGUUUUACAAGUGAAAAUGCUGUUGUACUUGGUAAAAAUCGUUGUUUUUUACGUUUUGUAUUACUUUGUGUUAGAGCAAGAUGGAGUAAUUUACAUCAACUUGGUUUUGAUAUACUUGGUAAUAUUGCUAAUGAAAUUGUAUUAAAAGAUGCUGGUCAAAGAAUAACAGAUGUUAUUAUAUCAUGUAUUACAGAUGGUAUUAAUUCAUCAGAUAGAUUUGUUGUAAUAUCAUGUCUUGAAAUUCUUAAUAAAUUAAGCCAACAAGAUUGUAAUGAAGAAGUUGUACAAUUUGGAUUAACAGAUAAUGUUUAUGAUAUAAUAUGUAGAUUUUUAGCAUUAAGUGAUAUUGCAUUACUUGUAUAUACACUUGAAUGUUUAUAUGCAUUAACAUCACUUGGUGAAAGACCAUGUACAAGUAUCGCGCGGGUUCGCGGAGCAAUUGAUACAUUAGUUGCUCUUGUUACAGUUGAAGCACAAAGUUAUGGUCCAAAAGCUUGUAUACUUAUGAGAGUUGUUGAAACAGUAUCAACAGUUGCAAAUAAUAAUAAUAUUACCACCAACAAUAAUAGUACCAACAACAACAACAACAACAACAACAACAACAAUAGUACUACCACCAUCACCACCAACAACAACAACAAUAUUAAUAAUAAUAAUAAUACUAGUAGUAGUAAUAAUAGUAAUAGUAAUAAUAAUAAUACUAGUAAUAUUAGUAAUAAUAAUACAUCGACAACGUCAUCAUCAAUAUCAUUAUCAUCAUUUACAACGACAUCAACAAUAACAAAUCAACAACAAUCAAUUACUCAAAUGAAUACAUCAUCAACAUCAACAAUUGCACCAGUUAUUUCUGUAUCAUCAACUGCAUCAAUACCAUCAAUAUCAGCUAUAUCUAUAGCAGCAGCAGCAACACCUGUUACUAGUCCAGCACCAUCAAGACCAACAACACCAGCAACACCGUUAUCAAUAUCAAAAGCAGCUGCUAAAGCAAAUGAAGUUGCAAAUUCAUUACAACAACAACAUGCACAUCAACAAAUAAUACAAGAAAAUGAACAAUUUGCUCUUGGUUGGUUAAGAGCAACAUUUGAACUUGUACCAAAUGUUAAAAUUGAACAAGAAGAAUUAUAUAAAAAAUAUCUUGGUUGUUGUACUAAAAUUGGAAGAAGAGGAGUUAUUGCACCACUUCAUUUUCCACGUUGUGUUAGAUCUGUUUUUGGUGGUACUAUUGGACCAAAUCCAAUGAAAGGUGAAACAACUGGUACUCAAUAUUAUGAAGGAAUACGUGUACGUACUAAUCCAGGAACAGUAACAUAUCCGAGCCAAAAUUUAAUAACAACAGCAACAACAACAACAACUGGUGGAACAUUUUCAAGUGUCAACAAUACAGUAGCAGCAGCAGCAUCAACAACGACAACGCCAUUAAAGGUGCAUCCCGUACCACAACGUAAAAUCACACCCACAAGUCCAUUACCUGAUAGCACAUCCUAUGAUAAUUCAUCCAAAAAAAUAUUAAUAACAACACCUGCCUCACCAAUAUUAAAAGCCCACUUAUCAGCUCCACCAAAACCAACCACAAAUAUUUCAAUACAACCCCAGAAUCCAGUCACCAAGGUUGACUCUAAAAGUCAGGUGUCAGUGGCGCAUCCGCACUUGAGUCAGGCUCUUCUAGCAUCAGCUACUCAAGCACAACAACAACAACAACAACACCAUCAACAUCAACAGCAACAGCAGCAGCAACAACAGCAGCAAGUAGGCCAGGAUAAUCGUUCGGGAACAACAUCAAGUUCAAUAAUAAAAAGCCUAUUGGCAACCAAGGUAACAAUCAGCGGUGACUGCAUGCCAAGUGCCGCUGUUGCCACUUGUGUUUCUACCCUGAAUGCCUACGUAACAAAUACUACUACUACUAGCAUCGCAUCCAGCAUCAGUGCCAACCAACAAAUAACCAGCAACCAGGUUGCACAACGUCAACAACAACAAAGAUUACUUCAACAACAAUUGUCAGGUGGUAUUCAGCCAGCAGCACCAUCAGCAACAUUGGCUAAUUCUCCAGUUGUACAAAAAACACCUGUUAAUUCAAAGCAAAAAAAUUCAUCAACACCAGCAAGAAAAAUACAAAGGCUAAAUGGAGCUAAAGUUGUCGUCACAAAUAACAAUGACAAGACUGAAGUGAACGACAAUUCAAAUUCAACACUAGCACCACCACCACCACAAUUAUCAACAGUAUCAACAAUGACUGAAAAUCAUACAUUAAAUCAAAAAAUAAUACGUCCAUCAACAAUAAUAACAAAUAAAAUAAAUCAACGAAUAAUAUUAGCUCCAAUAAUUGCUGAAGAUUCAGAUUCAACAAAUAAUUCAUUAGCAUCAAGUAGUGGUGGUAUUGGUGGAAGUCGUGAUUGUUCUGGUACUGGUGCUGAAGAAGAUAAUAAUUCCCUAACAAGUUUUGAAGGUAUUUUAUUAAAUGGAGCACCAAGUAAUUUAAAUAUUGAUGCACAAGAAGAUUCUAAAAAUAUAUUAACAAAAGAAUCUCAUAUGCAGCAAUCAAUUAUACUUACAGAUCUUCUUGAAAAAAAAUUAGACAAAGAACCAAUAAUAAAUGGUGUAUUAACAAAAAAUUCAGUUAAUGAAAAAUUAGAUAUUCCUGAUAUUAAAAAAAUUAUAAAACAAGAAAUUAAAAAUGAAUGUGAUUCAAAUAAUAUUAUUAAACAAGAAUUAUUAAUUGAUAAUAAAAUUAUUAAAACAACAACAACAGCAGCAACAACAGCAGCGACAACAACACUACAAUCACGUUGUAUUAAAAGAACUAAAAAUGAUAAUGAAAGUCAAAUAAUAAAAAAAGUAAAAUAUUCAAAUGGUACAACAUCACCAAAUUUACAAGAUACAAAAUUAAAUAUUAAAAGUGAAGAAAUACAAGAUGAUGAAAAAGUAACAGUAUCAUCAACAGCAGCAAAUUUAUAUGCAGCAUUAGCUGCUGAUUGUAUUCAAGAUGAACUUGAUAUUGAUGAACCAAUUAAAGAAGAACCACAACAACAGCAACAACAACAACAACAACAAAUUUCUACAUCAAUGAUAAAAGAAGAAUUACCAACACGUAUUAUUAAUCAAUUUCAAAAUAAUCAAAUUGAAACAGCAAUACAAACUCAACCACAACAACCACAACAACAACAACAACAGCAACAACAAUUAAUAGUAACAACAGCACCACGUCAAAUUGUUGUACAACAAGCAAUGAAUAAUCAAAUGAUAAUAUCAAAUUCACAAAUAAAACAACAAAGACCACAAUCACAACCACAAGUACUACUUCAACAACAGCCAAGUGGACAAUAUCAAUAUGUUGUAUCUGGUGGUGUACCAGGACAAAAUUAUGUAUUGGCACAAUCACAAACAGCUCUUGUACAAGGACAACCACAAACAGUACUUGUUGCACAAACAACACAACAACAAGGUACAGGUGCUAAAACAAUUAUAAUAUUACAACCACAAACACAACAGCAUCUUCAACAACAGCAACAGCAGCAUCAACAACAGCAGCAUCAACAACAACAACAUCACCAACAGCAGCAGCAAACACAAAAAGUUGUUGCUGUAACACCACAAGGACAACAAGUUGUUGUAACUCAAGUACCAAGACCAUUGUUACAAAGCUCAGCACUUGGUAAUAUACCACCACCACUUGUACCAACAUCAUCACCAUUAUCACAAGCAUCAAUUAUUGUUAAUAAUAAUACAUUAACACAACAUAAUAAUGGUAAUACAAUGACUGUUACAAUACCAGGAUUACCGCAUGGUUGUAGUGUUGUUAAUAGUGUAUCUGGUAGAGUUGUUACACCAACACCAGCAUCAACACCACCACCAACAAGACCUUCAACACCUCAUCAAGCUGCAUCAACAAUUGGUAUUGGUGUUAAACAACAAGUACAACAACAACAGCAACAACAAGUACAAGUACAAGUACAACAAAUACAAAUACAAAAGCAAGUACAAAUGCAGCAACAAGUCCAACAACAACAAGCACAACAACAAGUACAACAACAAGUACAACAGCAACAGCAGCAACAACAACAAAUUCCUGUUGGAAAAAUUGUUAAAAAUUCAACAACAUCAACAUCAACGUCUACGUCAACGUCGACAGAUGAUAGAGACAAUAGUAAACCAUCAACAAGUCAAAUAAAUCCAACAGAUAAUAAUAAUAAAACUUUUACAAUUAAAAUUGAUCCAAAUGCAUUUCUUUGUGAAUGGAGAGGUUGUUUAAAACAAUUUAAAACACCACAACAAGUUUACAUGCAUGUUUGUGAAAUACAUUGUCCAAAUGGUAGUGAUGAAACACUCUGUUUAUGGUCAAGUUGUGAUGGUUUAAAAAGACGUAGAUUUUCAUUAAUGACACAUUUAUGGGAUAAACAUUGCAGUGCUGAAAAUAUGAUUUUAAGAAGAAAGCAAUUAACGACAACUGGAAAAACUGAAAUUAUUACAAAUUCAACACCAGCAACACCAAAUCAUCCUGGCUAUGCUCCAAAUGCAGCAUUUCAUGCUAUCAAAAGACACGCAUUAGAUUUUGUCAAUCCAAAAGAAUUAAUGGAUGAUAAUGAGGGUCCAGUUACAAAAAGUAUUCGUUUAACGGCAGCUUUGAUUCUUAGAAAUCUAGUCAUAUACUCUGCCCAUGGAAGAAGACACCUGAAAGCAUAUGAGCCUCAUUUAGCUGGUGUUGCAUUGAGCAAUGUUGAAUCUUCAAGAACAAUUGCACAAGUUCUUUAUGAUAUGAAUGAACAGACAAAUAAUGGUAGCAGCAGAUGACCUUUUGAAUGAAAUUUUAAUCAAGUUUUUAACUGAGCUACGAUCAAUAUAAACAUAUAACAAAAAAAUUAAUUCAAUUUAUGAAUAAACAAUGGAAAUAUUUGAUACAUAAUCUGCUAGAUGUAUUCGUCUUAAUAAAAAUCGUGUAAAAAAAAAAUUAAAUAAUAGUAACAAGAGAAGCAACAAUGAUCAACAAAUAUCAAGAUGACAAUUAAAAUAAUUAUUAUUUCUCUUGAUAUUAAUAUUUGACAAAUUAUGAGGCCUAUUAACUUACUGGGCAUAAAAGGUAUUUGCCAAUUUAGUUUUUAAUAAAAAUAAAAAUUAUUAUUAGUGUCCAUAGUGUCCAAAAUUAAAUAAAAACAAAUGCAACAAUGAACAAUCGUAUAGUUAUGGAAAGAUAAAAUUAUGUUAUGAUUAUUAAAUAAUUAUAAAAAAAAAAAAAACGUGCAAAAAAGAUGAAAGAUGCAUAGACAGUGAUAAAAUGAUGAACGAUGGAGUUGAAAUAUUUGAAAUUUAAUAUUAAUAUUUAUUUUUCUGAUGAAAAAAAAGGAUAAAUCAAAAAAUAUAAAUAACAAAUGAAAGAUAAAAUUGAUUUAAAAGAAAUAAAUUAUGAAAAUGUUGAAAUGAUUUUAGUAAAUGUGUAAAAAUUAAUGAUUUUUGAGGAUAAUCAUUUUUUUUAAGAGAAAGAAGAAGUCAUUAGUCAUGAUUACAAUUAUUGAUGUAAUUUUUGUUCUAAUUUAUACUCAGAUAUUUUUUUUUUUUUCGUUUUUUAUAAUGAAUAUAUAUUUGUCGAAACAAAAAGUAGAAAAUAAUUUGAUAAUUACGAAUUUUAAUUGUUAAAAUUCAUAUCAUUUUUUUAUAUUAUAAAUAAAUAUAUAUAUAUUUUUUUUUUUUUUAAUUUGAUAAUGUAUUAUAAAUAAAUUGGAUGAUUAUUGAAAAAAAAAAAAAAACUAUUGUAUAAUUUUUUUUUAUAUAAAAGAAAAAGAAUAAAAAAAAAAAAACAAAUCAAGAAAGUUUAUGAUGAAAAAAUGAAAGAAGAAAUUAUUUUUUUUCUUGUAAUUAUGAUUAAUAAUGAGCCAAAAGAAUUUUUGAAUAUUUGAGUGUAUUUUUAAAUGUAAUUAUUAUUGUCAAAAUAUUUCAAUUUCAUAACUCGAUAAUGAGUGAAUUUGUGUUGACCAUAAAAUGGCACAACUUUGAUAGUAACAACAAUUUACCGAAAAUUCAUUUUUUCAACUUGAAAUGCA